AUGAAAUUCUCAUUACAAGAAACAUUGUCUGGAAAAGUAGAUGAACGAGAUGUAGUUUAUUCAAAGAGAGAGAUUGAUGUAAUGAUUAAUUUUGUUGAUUUUAUUAUGACAGAUGCAAGAGAUAUUUUACCUAUUUUAUUUGAGGACCAAGACAAACAAGAAAUUUUAGCUUCUGCAGCAUUAGACUUACAAUAUUAUAUUCAUAAAGGAGUUUGGUUUUUAAUGAAUUUUGUAAGAGAAGAAUUUUCUAAUGCUCAAAGUGAAGGAGAAUUAUUUUUGGAUGAUUCAGUUGCUUCUAUUGUCUCUAAAUGUUUCUUUUUAAAAGUAGGAAAAACAUUUAUAAAGAGAUAUUUCUCAAAAUACUUUAGUCAAUUAUUAGCUGAAAAGUUAGAUUUUGAAAUUGAUGAUUAUAAAAUUACAGAUGAAAAGAUUAUCGAAAGAAAUGCUCAAAGUUUGAUUAGAAAAACAAAUGAACUUCUUCAAAUUAUUUAUUCAACAAUGGACCAAUUACCUCACGGUGUAAAGAUUAUUGCCAAGAUGCAUUCAGAAUUAAUUAAAGAAUAUUUCCCACAACUGUCACAAUACUCUAGACUCAAUUUAACUGCUAUUUAUAUUGUUAACUCAUUUUACAUUCAAGCAUUAAUGAACCCAGAAAAAUAUGGUCUUUGUUCUAACGAACAAAUAACUUUGAAAAAUAAAAGAAAUUUAGCUUUAUUAUCUAAAGUACUUCAAACCCUUAUUAUUGGUAAUGGAUAUCAAGGAAAAGGAGCUGAUUAUAUGAAAAAAGUAGAUGUUAUUCUUAAGAGUCACACUCAACCAUUUCAUGACAAAGUAGUAUCUCUCAUUAUUUCUUCACAAGGUCUUCCAUAUACAAUAUUAUUAGAUGACAAUCUUAACAUUUCUAACGAAGCUAUUUCUGUAUUACAUAUGGAAUUAUGUCAUAAAAGUGCUGAAAUUAUUAGAAUGUUUCCAACUGAUAUUUCAGAGCAAUUCUGUAGAUUUAUGGUUGCAAUUGGAGAGCAUAAAGACAAACUUGACUUCUUGUUUGAUUUUACUUUAGACCAACAAAGGUUGAUUAAAAAUUUCUUGGAAGAAAAAGGAUUAGAAGGUGUUUAUAUUGCAAAAAUAGAUAUUAAUGAGCAUGAAGGAGGAGAUAAAAAGAAAAAAAAGAAAGAACAAACAAUCAAUGGAUUCAUUAUUGUUUCAUUACACAACAUUUGGUUCUUAAAUUCUGUUGGAGAGAUUGAAGCUUCAUUUAAUUGUUUAUCCCUUAUUAAAGUUAAAAUUGAAGAUGACAUUAUUACUUUUGAAAAUAAUAAAGGAGAUAAAAUCGAACGACUCACUGGUACUACAACUAGAGGUCAUGAAAUUAUUAUUUCUAUGAUUCGUUCAUUUAAGUCAAGUUUCCCUGAGGAAAAGUUAUUAUUUGAAAUUGAAGCUCCACAAAACCAAAUGAAUUUGUUUAACAACAUUUAUUCAAUGAGAACAUUUACUAAAUGCGGUGGGUUUACUGGAGUUUAUGAGGCACAAUGUACUUUUAGAGGAUUUAAUUGCAAUCAAUCUGUAAGAUGGGCAAUUGAAAAUGCUAAAGAACAUGAUAAAGAAAGUCAUCAUAUGAAAGUGUCACGUUUUUAUAACGGUGAUUUAAAUUCAAAAGAAGAUAACUUGACUGCAAUAGAUUUGAUUCCAAUUUUCUUUACAUUACAAUCAAAUAAUUAUUUCACUAAAGUAACAGUAGAAAAUAUGAACUUAAUUAAAUGUUUUGAUGGAUUGAAAGAAUACCUAAGAACUAAUAAAGUUAUUCGAUCUUUAAGACUUAGAAAUAUUGAUAUUGGAAAGGGAUGGGAAAGUCUUAUUGAAAGUUAUAUUAAAAAUGAACAUCAUCCUUUAAGAGUCCUUGAUGUUUCUGAUAAUUCCAUAGAUGAAAAGGCUAUUAUUUUAAUAAGUUCAUUAGUAUCGAAAUAUAACUUAGAAUCUCUUUACAUUGCUAAUGUUCUUAACUCAGAAAAAUUGUCAGGAGCUCUUAUUCAAGACUGGAAACGUUUAAUGGAUGAAAAAAUACAUUUAAAAAAAAUAGAUAUUUCUGGUGCUAAACUAACAACUGCUGGAAUCGAAUUUAUUGCAUCUCAAUUUGCAAUUAACUUCCCUGAUCUUGAAAAAAUUUAUCUUAGAGACAUUGCUGUUCCUAAAACUUCUUCUAUGUUACGGUUCCUUGAAACUAUGAAAGGGCUUAGAGUUUUAGACCUUUCUGGAAUGAAACUCUCAUUAAAGGUAAUUGAUAAAACAUCUCAAGACCUCCAAGAAUACAUUCAUUGUUGUAAUCAUUUAGAAAGCGUUAUCAUGAACAGAGUUAUUUUACCAGGAGAUGUCUUGAAAAAUAUUAUUAAAGAAUUUAGAAGUGAAAAAGUAAAUAUUCAUUUAAGACAAUCUGAAUUUACCGUUGACAGUGUUAAAACAUUUAGCACAGUUUUUAUUGGUUUAGAAUCAGUUCAACAUUUGGAUAUUUCAGAUUGUGGAAUUGCUGAAGAAGGAAUGGUUUAUUUGUUGGAGUCAUUAUGUCAAAAUACAAUUAUUGAGUCAAUAGACUUAUCUCAAAAUUUAUUCAAUCAAGGAAAUAAAGACAAUAUAGUUAAAGCCUUAGUUAAGUUGAUUAACGGAGGAACUGGUCUUAAAAAGUUAAGAAUUGCUGGUGGUUUGAAACAAACACAACAACUAGGAACUUCUAUUGUUCCAAUUUUCGAUGCAUUAGCAAAUAACAGAACAAUUAGAGAAUUUGAUUGUAGUAAUCAUAUGUUUGGUAAUAAAGGGGCUUUUGCUUUAGCUAAUUUAAUUACAGUUAAUGAUACCUUGCAGGUAAUCAACUGGGAUGGAAAUUCUAUUGGUAUGAAUGGUUUAAAGGCUAUUGCUGAAGCUCUUAGAAUCAACACUGUUUUGAAGGAAUUCAAAUUCCCUAUUUCUGAUUGUGGUAAACUAGAAGAUGUAGAGAGUGUUAGAAAAGUGUUAAGCAGUAUGGUUACUUCUCUCAACGUCAUAGAAUCUCGUCCUCACUAA